AUGGAAGAAGAUGAGAAGAUAAAAACACCAAUCAAAAUUGAUCUUUAUCUUUCGAUGUUUAUGGCGCUAUCUAUCUAUCUAUCUAUCUAUCUAUCUAUCUAUCUAUCUAUCUAUCUAUCACAUUAUGUUCAUCUAUCUAUCUAUCUAUCUAUCUAUCUAUCUAUCUAUCUAUCUAUCUAUCUAUCACAUUAUGUUCAUCUAUCUAUCUAUCUAUCUAUCUAUCUAUCUCAUUCUGUUCAUCUAUCUAUAUAUUACAUUCUGUUCAUCUAUCUAUAUAUUUAUCUAUCUAUCUAUCUCAUUCUGUUCAUCUAUCUAUCUAUCUAUCUAUCUAUCUAUCUAUCUAUCUAUCUAUCUAUCUCAUUCUGUUCAUCUCUCUUUCUCUCUCUCUCUAUCUAUCUAUCUCAUUCUGUUCAUCUAUCUAUCACAUUCCGUUCAUCUAUCUAUCUAUCUAAGACAGAGAGAGAGAGAGAGAGAGAGAGAGAGAGAGAGAGAGAUCCGCUACCAAAUGCUUCUGACCCCAUAACUGACAGCUACUUUUAUGCUGCGUUAUCUAUCUAUCUAUCUAUCUAUCUAUCUAUCUAUCUAUCUAUCUAUCUAUGUAUUCGUAUGUUUAUUAGCAGGAUCAAAUGCAAUGCAUCUAUAGAACAUUCACAGAGGAUGGAAAAAGGGGGCAAGCGAAGAUGUAUGAAACCAGAAACACAAGAAGAAAGAUCCCUGUCGCACCAUAUUAAAUUAUGCCUCAUUGUCUGUCUAUCUAUCUAUCUAUCUAUCUAUCUGAUUCUCUUCAUAUAUCUAUCUCAUGCUGUUCAUAUCUAUCUAUCUAUCUAUCUAUCUAUCUAUCUAUCUAUCUAA